AUGUCAGGACCGUCGCUCCCUACCCCACGCGUUAUCCAUGUCAAUACCAGAGGAGCUGUCAUUCUGACAGAGGAGUCGCCAGAGACCCGUGACAGUCGAGGAAUAUACCUCCCCAACUAUAUCGAGCCAGUCUCCCACAUUGCUAUUGGUGGUUCCCUGGCGAAAGUUGUGUACUUUACACGGUCACCCGAGCCGCCAGCAUCUCCCUCGAUAGCCGCGACGCGAGGCAGUAGCUGCGCAGCGAGCCAAUUGUCGACUCCUAGCCCUGGCUCUCCACCCUCUCCGAACCGGUCCUCGCCAUACAUUCCAUCCAGCUCAUCGCAUACGCGAAACGGUGCUUUAACCCCUCUUGUCCUUGAAACGCACAAUCACAAUGGCACGGGCGAUUACCUGAACGGCGGCAGUGGUAGCUCUGCUAAUCCCCUUGAUACCGAUCUUCUCCGGUCGACAAUCUUGAAACGCACGACCUCUGUUCACCACCUCCCCGGUGGCUCUCUCAAUUUCGAGCGGUUCGAAACAGAACGUGUGUCGGACCUGGUUGACUUCCUCCGCGACCUCAUCACGCGCUCGGCCAAGGCCAACGGCGUCUCCAUCGAGGAGAUGCGGCGUGGAGUCAAUGUCGUUGCGACCGGCGGAGGCGCACACAAGUUUGGGGAGCUCUUCGCCGGCGAGCUGGUAGUAGAGGUGCGACGCGAGGAUGAGAUGGAAUGUUUGAUCGAAGGCAUGAAGUUCAUGGCGAUGAUCCCGGAGGAGGUGUACUACUUCUCGGAUAAGCUCAUCCAAGCGGUCUCGCACCCUGGCACGAGUAGAGGGCCACUCAAGGAUGGUGACGAUGGCGCGCCCGCUGAGCCUGUCCUUGAGCGGCCCUCACCAAACCCACCGCAGUAUGCAGUGACGUUUGAGCCUGGGGAGCCAUCAGCGCAUCUUCCGUGCUUAUUGGUCAAUAUUGGUUCUGGAGUGUCGAUCAUCAAAGUCGACGCAGAUGGCACUUUUGAGCGUAUCAGCGGUACCAGUCUUGGGGGAGGCACUCUCUGGGGAUUACUCAGUCUGCUUACACCUGCUAGGAACUUUGACGAGAUGUUGUCACUGUCAGAGCAGGGUGACAACUCUGCCGUCGAUAUGCUGGUCGGGGACAUCUAUGGCACGGAUUAUAGCAAACUUGGCCUGAAGUCCACCACGAUUGCCAGCUCCUUCGGCAAAGUGUUCAAGAACCGGCCCGAUACAGAACCAACUCCGGGCUCGUUUCGUCCCGAGGAUAUCAGCAAGAGUCUCUUGUACGCCGUCUCAAAUAACAUUGGCCAGAUAGCAUACAUGAAUGCUGAGAAGUAUGGCUUGGACCGAAUUUACUUCGGUGGAUGCUUUAUCCGAGGGCAUGCCGCCACCAUCGCCACGCUUUCAUACGCAAUCCGGUUCUGGAGCAAGGGCACGAAACGUGCAUUGUUUCUCCGCCAUGAAGGAUUUUUGGGUGCAAUUGGUGCCUGGAUCAAGAAUGUGGACACUGACGACGUCGACAGCGUAUCACCUUUGUCCCAAGGGCCGUAGCCUUUAUUGACUCUAUACGAGGGUCAGAACCGGCCAUCCUGUGGUCACCACGUUCACAUACACAUGCGCCAAUGUAUUUAUAUCAUUCCAUUCCUAAUCCUUUUGAGGUUGUUCCCCGGGAAAUUGGAACUCCACUGUACUAUUAGCCUGCUAGUUCCACAUUGGAAGUUGUGCUGUACGUUACCAAUAUGUUACAAUCGGUUGGAAGUAAUCAACGACUGGGAUGCC